AAAAUGAGAGCGGCCAAAGACAAUGAAACAGUUGAAGAUGCUGUCAGCGAUUGGGGUGAUAUACAAAAGAUUGAAAGUAAGUCAGUUAAGAUAUAUCAUCAAGGAUCAUUAACGCAGUGA